AUCGCCAAACACUCCCCAUUUUCCUCACAACAAACCUCAACUCCUCCUCCUCCUCCUACUACUCAUCAAUCCACACUUAGAGAGAAAAACGCCGCAGCCUUUUCCUGUUAUUGCAAUAUCAAAUGGAUAGAGUAAGCAAAAUGGUGUCUGAGAAGCCUGUGGUGAUCUUUAGCAAGACACAAUGCUGCAUGAGCCACACCAUUAGGUCCCUCUUCUGCGAUUUUGGUGUCAAUCCAACUGUGUACGAGCUCGAUGAGAUCUCAAGGGGACGGGAAAUCGAGCAGGCGCUGUCGAGGCUUGGCUGCAACCCUACCGUGCCCGCCGUGUUCAUCGGUGGCGAGUUUGUGGGAGGGGCUAAUGAGAUCAUGAGCCUCCACCUCAAGAGAUCCUUAAAGCCCAUGCUCAAGAGGGCCGGAGCCCUCUGGGUGUAAAGUAACAAUAGAGCUGUGUGUCAAAUACGUACGAGUUAAUAACUGUGCAAUUUUUUUUGCACGAUGCGUACGUACUUGUAUGUUUUACAACGAGAGAGUCGUCGGAAUAGUUGGUAGAGAUAGAGAGGGAGAGAUAGAGAGUCUAAGGAACUUCGUGCUCUAGUUACUUUUCCUAACUACUAUAUAUAUAUAUAUGUGUGUAUCACUAAUUUUCGAUCUAAAUAAUGUGUUUAGUGAAGCUGCAGAGGACUAUAUAUACAUGUUUUUGGCUGAUUAAUGUAUCAUCAACACUUUUACUAUGAAUGUUACUUCCUUUUCUUUUCUUGGA